GGAAAGAAUAAAAACGGCCGUCAGGGCAUCAAGGACGUGUACCCAGCACAUUAGUAAUAUUCGUCGGUCUCCACAUGCUUACUUCAUCUGUUCUCCUUGCUGUGGGAACAAAAGAACGGCCUUCCAGGUGAAGGAAGUGCAUGGAAGACGGCUUACGUCAACGUCAAGCGGGUUAACUUAGAGAGUCCGUCGUCCUGUAGAAACGACCCAGUUCGGUACGGAAUAUAAAGCUUCCGUCUUCCCUCACAGCUCCCCUGCCAAGGUUUAUACGUCAGUCCUGCGUGCGUCUCUUACUCCCUUCCCGCUACUCCCUUCUCCCUCUUUCGUCGACUCCGAUCCCGUCACCAAGCAUGUCAGGCCCUCUCCAAUCCGCAAUCAUCUGGCCAGAGAAGUAUCUCCCUGGGACCACGGACAACUUCGUCAGCAACGAGGUGAUUGUCAAAGGCGUCACGGCUCAACAAGUAUGGGCCAAGCUCGCCGACAUAUCCCAGUGGAAAGCCUACUAUAAAAACGUCGACAAGAUCACGCCUCCCACAUCGAGCAACGAGUUGACCAAAGGCUGCACCUUCCAUUUCAGCACGUUCGGCUUCCCCGUGAUCACCAGCAACGUCGAGGAGUCCGUUGCUCCUUCCCCGGGCCGACCUGGCCGGAUCGCGUGGUCCGCAAAGCUGGACGGAAACUCGGACGAGAAAGUCGACGUCUACCACGCCUGGCUCGUCGAAGACUUGGACGGUGGCCGUGUGAGGGUGCUCACGCAGGAGAGUCAGAUCGGGAAGCCCGCCGCUGAUUUGGCUCGCUUGAAACCCAACAAAAUGUUGCUGGGCCACCAGGACUGGCUUGACGGCCUGGUGAAGGCAGCGAAGGGAGAGCCCGUCGAUUUAACCAGCACGAACUUGAAAGCUGCGGGUUUGGAAGCUUACUAAGAGUAUCUCUCUCCACAGCAUUGUGCGGUAGAACAUGCCUGGAAGUCAAUAGUGCGCGGAGCGGGUCACUGAGGCUCAACAUGAUGAACGAGAGCAUUUUUGAAAUGGGUUGUCGUGAAUUUUCAAAAUCAAGACAUCACUAGUGAUUGUGUUGGAUUAGCACGGCCUGUGAGACUAUACCGUGGAAUAACCCCGCAGAAUAACCUGUUCCCCCAUCAGGGACUAUCUUCACUGUACCCGUGCCUGCCGAAAUAGACAAAUAGAGAUGAAAAUGAGAAUCGAAAAGGUAGAGAAUAGCCGA